AUGGCCAGCCUGUCUUGCAGGAAUGUGCCACUGUCUGAAUGCCGCAACACAAGGCAAGGGAGAUAUUAUAUCACAGACGAUCGUGGCUUUCUCUGCCACCGGGAUGCCUACAACACAAAUACUGGAUGCUGCACAACAGGCGAUCCUUUCUCCUGUGAUACGUGCAAUCUUGAUACCAAGUGCUGCUCGAUGUAUGAAGCAUGUGUUUCAUGCUGCCUGGCUCCCAAGCACAAUGCCAUCGAGAUCUACCCAACAGUAUUCAGGGCUGUAAGGCACCCAGAGACGGGCCACUGGGGGGAUGAGUUUGAGUAUUGCAGAGGGAAAUGCCGGACUCACAGUCGAAGCACAGUGCAUGAGAAUGCAUUCAUUGAUGUGAAACAUUUCUGUUUCUCAGAGGAUGCGCGUCCACAGGCACCAGAGCCACCCACGCCGCCCGUCCCAGAGAACGUCCAGGUGGUCAUCGGUUCCCCAGGCGAAGACUGCGUCUCUACAUGUGGCGACCAAGGAUUGCGCUGUAUCCUAGAAGUCUUCCCUGCCCUCAACAGCUGCAGGGUUAUGAGGGACAACUUCCCCUGUGAGGCGGCAUGCACGGACGACCCAGAGAUACCCCAACCUGCGUACAUUGUGCCUGAGGCCUCCAAGGCAGAAAGUCCUGCAGCGUGUUUCAUACGGGCCCAGGACUCCCAGUUCGAUGGUGGCUCAUGUGACUGGAGCAAGAGCCACGCUAGACGGCUGUGUCCCUGUGGGGAGGACACUCCACUGGACGAUUCGCAACAGGGCAUGGGUUUGGUUGCUGAAACCCAAGAAAUUCCACGGGAGAACGACGCCGAACCAGGCAUUUGA